AUCUUGCCAUUGAAGAUAUUGAAAUUUAUGGAAAAAAGAUAAAGAAUGUAAUAAAUGGAAAGAAUGAAAUGACCGAAGCAAAUGGAAAGAAUGAAAUGAUUGAAACAAAUGAAAUGAUUGAAACAAAUAAUGAGAAUAAUGCAACUUUGAUAAAUAAAUUUGUCUUUUUACAACUUUGUGAAGAGUCAAAAAUUUCAAAGUUUUUAGAUAGUCAAAGGAUCUAUAUUGCUGUUGACAGAAAUAAUAAAGAUUCAAUGACAUAUGUAGCAGAUAUUCGCAAUUUUUACCGACAAAGAAAGUUUGAAACUAUCAAAAAUGUUUAUCAUCACAUAUAUGAUAAAUUUUAUGAUCAAGCAAAUUCGGAUGGUCAAUUUAAAAAUGGUCAUUUAAUUAUAGAUAAAACUGAUGAUGGAGAAAAGACUAUUUUAGAAGAAAUUAUUACUAAAAGGCUUGACAAACCAUUUGCUAAGAAAUUUUUAAGUGAUAAAAUUCUAAAAUUUGGUGAUAAUCACAAUUUUAAUCAAGUUAAUAUUCCGGGAACAAGAACUAUAGCUAGAGGUCUUACUGACAAGCAUUGUAGCACUACGAAGGUUUAUGUCAAUAUCCUUGAGAUGGGUUUGUUUCAAUACUUCACUUAUUCACAUCGAUCACAUCCAACCGAAGAAAUCAUGUGUCAAGAAAAAAUUAGAAAAAAAAUAAGUGAUGAUAUAGAGAAAGGAAGUAAAGAUGAUGUUGAUAUUUCUAGUGAAACCAUAACUGUUGAAGAUGUUAAAAAUAAAGAUUUCAAAAUAAAAAUAAAACCCGCAAAGGUUGUUUGGUUUAUAAUUCCUGAAUUUCCUCUUUUUUUUAAUGAACAUUCCUGGGAUAAACUUUUAAAAGAAUGCAAAGAACUGGAAGAGUUGCUUAAUCAAGAAUUAUUAAUGUCAGAAUCAGAGGAAGGCGAUGAAAUACGAAGAUAUUUUGAAUAA